UACAUGGGUGCAGGAAUCCAAGCACUUGGGCCACCUUUCACUGCUUUCCCAGGCCAUAGUAGAGAGGUGGAUCAGAAGUGGAGCAGCUGGGACUCAAACCAGCAUACAUAUGGGAUGCCAACACUGCAGGUGGUGGCUUUUCCUACUACCCUAUAGUGCUGUCCCCUUCUGUUGUUUUUUUUAAAAUAAAUACCUAGCAAUGCAAUUGCUGGGUUGAACAAUUAUUGCAUGCUUGAAUAUUUAGGAAACUACCAAUUGUUUUCCAAAGUGAUGGUACUAGUUUACAUUUCUAUCAGUAACGUUUAAUGACCCAGUUUCACCACCUUUUUUUUUUUUUCUUACAUUGCUUUGGUCUGUUUGGACAGUAAAAUUGGUAAAUAAAUAAAUAGCUCAUGUAAGAACAGCCUGUAAAACGUCAGUUCAAAAAGUCCAAAGGGUAAAACGGCUGGCGAUACAUAAAGCAAACCGUCUCAAGAAAGGGCCUGUCUGACUUGGCUGAGCUGCCAGGGCUCCCAGGAUCAUGACCUAUAAAAUGCUUCAAGUAGCUCUGUGUUCAACAUUGCUUAUAGGAGCACUAGGAGCACCAUUUUUAUGGGAGGACCCAGCAAACCAGUUCCUACAUCUCAAAAGACACAUAAAUUUGCAAGAUUACUGGGACUCAGAUCAUAGUCCAAAUGCUUGGGGAAAAACAUUGGCUGAUCAGGCUCUUGAAACGUGGCAUGCUUUGAAAACAACUGCCCAGUAUUAUUUGGGUGUGAAUAUCUUCACCUAUGACAUUUCCUCUGUCCAUUAAAUGUGCUCUACCGAUGAAAGCAAAACAAGGAUGGUGGGAAUCAGUAUGGCAAUACACCAAACCCAUGGAAGAGCUGAGGGCAAAUCCAUGCCAUUUCUAGAUUAUUUAUUAUGUCUGUCUCAUAGAGUUGAUGAAAGGAAUAAUGAAAAUCCAUGUAAAGGCUUGGAAUUAGAAGUUCACAAUAAAUUGUAGCUCUUGAAAUGAGAACCAAAUAAAAGUAUAGUAAUAACAUUUACCCAAAUGUGAACUUUUAUGGGAAAAGAAAAGCAAAAACCAAAAAAAUUAAUGUCCGUAGUUUAUACCUGUUGCU